AAUAUCGAACACAAUGGAAACAAUAACGUGCGAAGCGAUUGGAAACGCGCCACAGACGCCGCUGCCCACAGACAUUGCCUCAGCCACAGCCACAGUCGCAGCCGCAGCCACAGCAAUAGCAACAGCAACAGCCGCUGCCCGGUCAGCGUCCGGCGUGUCAGUCAGAGUCGCGGGCUGAAGCACAAGUCGAAGCAGCAGGGCUAGCAGAAGCAGCCGGUUAGCCAGCGGGCCAACAACAAGUUAGCAGGCAAAUCGACAAAUGCAAGAGACAGCAGCAAAAUCGAUUGGAAUUAUCAAAAAGUCGUGUCGUUGUUGUCGUUGUCGUCGUCGUCGCUGCUGCUGUUUUCUUGUUGUCUCGCGAUUGCUCUAAAAAUAUAUUUUGUUUUAAUUAAAAUGCAAUUGCAACGGCAAUAGCAGUUGCGGCAAUCACAGCCACAUAGUACAACUGGAAAUAAGUAAUAAAUUGCGUGUGUUCUGCGCUACAAAAAAAAAAUGUUGUUGAAAGUGCAAUGUGCUAAUUAUACGGGUGCACUAGGCGUAUGCGUGUUGAAAGCGCAUCAAGCGAUACGCUACACAAUACUCGUGUGUACAUACGAUACAACGCUGUCAAAACAAUCGAAACUGCUCAACUAGACACGACUUGUUGCUGGUAAAUUUACAUUAUUCUCGCCGUGAGUAAGAAAGUCUAAAACGUUGACAAGUGAAAUGCUUUGAAUGUAACAAAUAUGUGAAUGUGCAUUUUUUGUGGUAUAAAACUGAUAACACAACCCCGAAACAAGAGUUUAGCUCAGUGAAAUAAUGUCAUGCAUUGGCUCGACGGCAUUUCCUUGGACGACAAUUUAAUUAGCGGACGCGCCAGCGGCAGUAACGGCGAUCAUAGUGACGGCAAUCAGCGGAAAUCAACGCAAAGCUCAUCGCCAACAAAAUCAAAACGAAGACGGCAUGCCCACUAUAAGCUAAAUAGCAGAUUGGACAGGAAGUCGUCUCGUGGCAUGAUAUACGAAAAUGAAGAACUUAGAUUGCGCACAAUCAACAUAAAUGCGGAAGUUGAACGAGGUCAAUCAGAUAUUAAGCGUUUACGGCGUGAAAAUGAGCAGCUGCGUCGAGAGAUCUGGACACUGCGCGAUGAAUGUGAUCGACUCAACAAGCGUUUCAAGGCGAAGCUGAGCGAACAUGAGUUUGGUGGAUGUCGAGGGAGCGGGGGCAGUGGACGUCGCUGCAGUGGCGGCGGAAGAGGCAGUGCAGGUUGUGAUGGAAACAGUGAUGACUCUGACUCAUGUGAUACGUGUCGUUUCGCGGACGAUGGACACUGCAGCGAUGAGUGCUGUCAGGAGGGUGGAUCAUGCGCUCCGAUCAAGCCUCCGCUGCCUCCCGAAGAACCAAACGUCAAGGUCAAUGAGGGUAGCGCUCCAGCAAAGCCAGAGGGCCAACCUAUGCACUUUGAUCAUCUCUCGGUGGUCUCGGAGGAGACACUCAGCAAUCCGGAGAUGAUGCUGUCCCAUCCACCAGAACAUUUGAUGAUCUGCACACCCGAUCUCAAUGGCUCGCAGAGUACGCUGCCCAGUCUAGUGGGUCCAUUAACGCCACUGACACCCAUUGAGCUGGUGGCCAAUCAGCUAAAUGAUUUGCAGGCAAUGGUGCCGCCACUUUCCUACUUUGAGAACAUCUUGCAGCAGCACAUGGGCGCCAAUACAGUUUUGACUCCCACUCCUGAGUUGGGUACCAGCUCCAGCACGACGACGGGCAAGACCAUGAAGCAUACAAAUGGCUGGGAUUACAAUCUGCAGUCACCGUUUUCGCAGCGCAAGUACUCAAACGCCUCGUCGCCAUCACGGUCACCGCCUCCGCCAGUGCCAGUUCCAACGCUGACUACUUUUGUGCCCACAUCAACUCUGCAGGCCCUGCCCAAGGUGGCCCUCAAUUUGCCAGCAACGACAGCCGGCGGCGCAGACGGAGGCGGAGGCAUCAUUGAGACCGUGGCGAUAACCACAAACGCAACGCAACAAGCGCUCAACAGCCCCAAGCAUUUCUUCGCCCCCAUUAAGCCGCGCCUCAAGCUCAACACCAAGCUGGCCAAUCAGAAUCCAGACGCACUGCCGCCAGGUUCUCCGCCCCCGCCACUGGAGACGGCGGCGCCACUGCGUGAGCCACCGGAUAUAUUUGUGAACAAUGCACUCGCAUCGCCAUAUCAGCGUCCUGUUCAGCGGCUCUCACCUCAAGUAAGUCCACGCCAUCGCUCGCGCUCGCGUUCGCGAGCACAUUGCCAGCUGCAUCACCAGAAAUGCCAAGCUCACUCCCACUCCCACUGCGCUCUGCAUCGGGCAGUGGUGAAUGUUGCCGCUGCCGUCGGCUUAGGUGUUGAUGGGGAGGCUGCGGGUGGCGUCUGCACUGGGAGUGUGGUUGAUAUUUACGCCGCUGCGCUUGCUGCUGCUGCUGCCGCUUCAGCUGCCAAAUCAGUGCCAGUAUCAGCGUCAGCUUCCGCGCCCUCGUCUCCAACUUUGAUUCCGAUUCCGACUCUGUUUCCGUCCCUAUCUCCGUGUCCGUCUCUACUGCCCCUGACCCACAACGUUGAGCCUGUCUACGCAACCGCACAAAAGAGUUGCCACAGCACUUGCAUAUCGGCCACUGCCUUAACAAAGCCACUGAUGACCGUCACCACACACACUACAAAGCCAACAACAACAUCGCCUUUGCGACAGGCAACGAAGGUCUCAACCAGCAACAGCAUUACAAGCAGCACAGUUGUAACAGUUGCCUCGAAUACCAGUAUUCCGGAUAUAGGCAGUCAGACGGAUUCAGUGAAUCUCGAAUCAAUACUUAAUGACAUCGAGACCAUUUCUGAGGAUAUUUUAGCCAUUCAGUUGGAGAAGAGUAAAUCACGAGACAAUCUAAUCUCGGCGAAUAACAACACGGACAUCACCAAGAAACCCUAUCGCUCCGAGAUGAACCUAUAUCUGCAGUACGAUGGCACAAAUCCGACUAUCUCGAAUGGGACAGUCACAACUGGAACCACAACAACCACAACGGCUAGUCACACCUCUGAAACGAACAGUGGCCGCAAGCUCUCCAGCCGAACGCGGUCGCUUGAACGUGAACACACAGACAGUCCGGCACCACAUAUGCCGGAUCCGAUGGCUCCAUUUCCGGAGAAGUGCACCUAUCUUGGAUUCGAGCAGCUCAAUCAGGCAGCUGGUUCACCAGGGCAGGCGCCGCCAACGAAUGGACAAAAACCGCCUGUGGCAGCCAAGCCCAAUGUACCCAACAAGCCACCGCCACCGUUGCCCCCAGCUCGCCGUCCAGCCAUGCCCACAGACCCACCGCCAUCUCCACCAGUUGGCUUGUCGCCCAACAAGAGUCAUCUGUACAAGUCCCUGGCAUCGGCGGCGGCCAAAAGAGCCAUCUUUCGAUCGUCACCAUCUCAGCUCACGCGCUCACUGGAUGUCGAGUGCACGGCCACUGAGCCGACGGCAGCGGAUGGCAGCGAAGCAACAGCAGGAAAUGAGGAUGACGAAGCGGCCAAACGAAAGGCUCGCCGGGUCUCAAUAGUAUGUGGCGAGGAGCAGCCAGCUGCGCCUGUCGCUGGCGGCGUUGCUGCGGUGAACUCGGUGCCCACAACAACAGCCAGUUGUGGCGAUUUAACGAGUGUGGCAGCCAGUGUAUUGACCCAUCCGAAUAUUAAGAUCUUCAAGCAGAUCAGCCACAGUACGCCCAGCUCACCACAUUCCGCACGGAGACGUACCAAUAGUAAUUCAAUGCCUGCGGUUCAUGCCGAGAUUGCAGCCACCAAUUCAGCCCCACCCAGUACCACUCACCACCAUCACCAUCGGAAGGAGGGCAGCGAUCCAGUGCCGAUGACUGCGACCGUCAACAGGACAAAGUGCUCGCGACGCCAUUCGGAGGGAACCGUGCACAAUGUGCAUCGGAUCAGCAACUCAAGUGGUGGGGCAAGUGGCAGUCAUCAUCAUCACCAUGGACACCACCACCAGCACAGUAGUCUGAUCAGCAGCAAUCCACACCACAGUCACCAUUCCCACCAGGACAGCAAUCACGAGACAGUCACCUCCUUGUCCGAUCGCAAUUCCAACAGCUUUGGCUCAUCCCGCGAGUCCUCGACCAGCUUUAGCAUGCGUUCCAAUCGCCGCAAGAUCUCGAUUAGCUCCCAUACUGGUGGCAAAAUACCCUGGUGUGGUUGCUGGGGCAAUGGUUGUCUUUGAAGUACGUUAAUCGUGUGUUGCAUGUGAGAUCAACCUUGAGGGGCCUUUGGGAUAAUCAUAGAUUAUGCCUUACCGAAUAGAAAUGCAGUGAAAGUGGAGCCAGGCUGCCGUCCUUAAGUAAAAUAGAAGUACAUAUGGUAGAUAUAUUCAUUUUUAGAUGUCCUUUAGCGAUGAAUGUAAUGAAAUUAAUUCAUCUAAUCGAAUUUUUAAAAGCAGUUUCAAAACUAUUCGAGUACAAAACAAAAAAAGAAGCAAGUUGGUCACAAUUCGAUUCGUUGCAAUUCGAAGAUUAUUCAUUAAAUGCUACUGAAGCUAAGUUAUUAAUUCCGUUCGAAAUUGUUUGCAAUUAAUUUUACGUAUAUUUGAUUGUACAUAUACGAGUAUUUUAAUUUGAUGUAGUUCAUAAUUUAUUUAUUAAAUUAAUGUAUUGAAGUGUAUAAAAUGAGAAAUAAACAAAUGUUGUUCAACGUGGAUAAACAAAAA